AAACAGCAGAGAUGCGCUCUAAUGACGGAGGUGCGUUACCUAGGUAGAUUCAUAUGUGAUUUUAAAGUUAUCAGAGGCUUUAGAGCUAUUGAAUGACGCUAUAUUUACAGCAAACCUGCAGCCAGUUUCGCUCCUCCACAUGAAUUGUCUUGUAUGUCUACUCUUAAAUUUACGGUAUUUGUCCCAUUCAGCGUUGAGUCUUCGCCACGAAAUCCCAAAAUGCCCUCAUAAUGAGACGACUGUUUACAAAUAACUUGAUGUAUUACUCGUAGUAAAAACAGUCAUAAACACUUUUACAAGAUUUAGCAUUUUACAGGCAAUUGGAAACAACGUGCCCUUAUUUAACACACAAACACAUAUGUACAUUACGGUACAGAAAAAGUGUUUUUGUUUUCCGGUGGUCUGGCUGCAUUCGUGACUACUGUGCCAAACCACAACUGCGCCUGUUUUCACCGCGCCUUACCAAACCCUUGCUGAUGUUUAGAGCACCACUCACUCUAUAUUGCAUCAGACACUUCGGGUGUUUAAUCAAGUGAGUAUGAAUCCUGUUCAACGUCCACGUAUUUCUGUUUAUCCUCAUGCAUGAAACAGUUAAAUCCUACAGUGUCUCUGCGAUGUGGAAGUGAAAUCGGAGCUGCCAGUUGCUCAUUUCCGUCAUAGUCUGACUUUGGGAGCUUGUAGAGUCUUGUCGGCGCUCCCGAGCUAACGACACUGUGGUGGAAGUGAAUGCCUUUCAAGUCGAUGAAGUCGAAAUAAAGGGCACAAUCUGGUUUUUGAAACUAUGCAUGCCCCACGUUCCCUUCUCCUGGCGCUGAUCAUCAUGUGCUAUGUCAUGACGGGACCUUGCAAUUGCGUGGCCUCCCAGAAGAAGACCUCUUGCAAUGUGCAAGACGGCAGAGCCGACUGCAGCCACCUCCACCUCAGGGCGGUCCCCCAGGACCUUCCCGAGAGCAUCACCGGCCUGGAUAUGUCUCACAACCAACUGAGGAGGAUUCCCCCCGUGUCACUCACCCGAUACCCAGGCAUCCUCCACCUCAACGUCAGCUACAACAGUAUCACCAAGCUGGAACAGGGUUUGUGCCAGACACUGCCUCUGCUGCAGACACUGAACAUGGAGCACAAUCAAGUGUAUGUGCUGAAGAAGGUGGACGUGAUCCAUUGCACCAAUUUAACACGGUUGAUUAUGGCUAGUAAUAAGCUAAAGCUUGAAGGGGAGCCCUUCUCUGCACUACAGAGCCUGAGAGUUCUUGAUGUGUCCGUAAACAAACUGCAGUCAGCCAAGCUCGGCUCCCAGCCCCAGCUGCCCAGACUUGUGAGCCUCGAUCUGGCAUUCAAUGACAUCACCACCCUGAAGAAAGAGGACUUCUUGUUUCUUAGCAAUUCGUCCUUUCUGCAAGUCCUCAACAUGUCAACCGUGUCGCUGAAAACGUUGGAGCCUGGUUGCUUUAAGCCCAUUUCAGGCCUACGUACUUUAAUCAUGGAUGGAAAUAAAAUGGACACGCCUGUUAUUUUUAAACUCUGCUCGGAGUUGUCAGGGACAGCCAUCGAUGCCCUGUUUCUUCGGAAGAUGAAGCUGGUCACACUCACAAACACAACCUUUACAGGGCUACAGAAAACAAAUCUAACCUUUCUGGAUCUGUCCCGUAACGAGAUGGUCAAAAUUGAAGAAGGCGCAUUUAAGGGGCUGUCCAGACUUCAGACUCUAAUUUUGACAGACAACAACAUCAGACACCUGACCAAGGACACAUUUCAGGGGCUCAAAAGUUUGAAAAGACUCCAAUUGACAAAAGCUCUUGUGAAAAGUCACACCACCCCGUUUAUCGACGAUUUCUCCUUCCAACCACUAAGUGACCUGGAGAGUUUGAUAUUGCAGAGAACCGCCGUUCAUGAAAUUACAGAGCACACAUUUACAGGCUUGAAAAGUCUUCAGGAACUCGAUAUGAGCUGGAGUAGUUACACCUCGCUCAGAAACAUCACCAACAAGACCUUCGUCUCACUUGCGGGAUCGCCUCUCAGAAAGCUAAAUCUAGCAGGGACAGCCAUAGCGCAGAUUAAUCCUGGAAGCUUCUCCGUUUUGAGAAACCUCACCACUCUUCUUCUGGAUUUCAACUUUAUCAAGCAAACGCUCACUGGCAAAGAGUUUGAAGGCCUGGGCCAAGUUGAAGAGAUGUACAUGUCCAAUAACCAACAGACGGUCAAUCUAAGCCCCACGUCCUUUGUGAAUGUGCCCAAUCUGAGGGUCCUGACUUUGGGAAGAAGCCUGAAAGCUGAAGCAGUGAACAUGGAUCCCUCUCCAUUCAGUCCCCUGCCCAACCUCACCGUUCUGGAUCUCAGCAACAACAACAUUGCUAACAUGAGAGAGAAUAUGCUGGAGGGGCUUGUGAACCUGAAAGUGCUGAAGCUCCAACACAAUAACUUAGCCCGCUUGUGGAAGAGCGCCGACCUCGGUGGCCCAGCGUUGUUUCUCAAAGGCGCCCAGAGGUUGAUGACCUUACAGAUGGAUAGUAACGGGCUGGAUGAGAUCCCUGCAGAAGCUCUGAGAGGGUUGAGCAACCUCCGCGAAAUCAGCCUGGCCAACAACCUCCUUAAUAGUCUUAAGAACUCCAUUUUUGAUGAUCUGAGCUCACUGCGGGUUUUAAAUUUACAGAAGAAUCUGCUCACGGCUGUGAGGCCCGGAGUGUUCAAAACUCCUAUGAGCAACCUCAGCCUGCUUCUUAUGGACAAAAAUCCAUUUGACUGCACGUGUGAGAGCAUACUGUGGUUCGUGACAUGGUUGAACGACACACAUGUGACAAGCGUGCCAGGUCUCAGCGACCAGUAUUUGUGCAAUACCCCACUAGCUUACUUUAACCGCUCUGUCAUGGAUUUUGACACCCUCUCCUGCAAAGACAUGACCCCAUUUCAGGUUCUUUACAUACUGAGCAGCACUGCAGUCAUCAUGCUGACAGUAACUGCGCUUCUGGUGCGGUUCCACGGCUGGAGGAUCGAGUUUUAUUGGAACAUAUUGAUCAAUCGCACGUUAGGAUUCAGCGACGCCGGAGUUGAAGAGGGCAGGGAAUUUGAGUACGACGCUUACGUCGUCCACGCGGAGAAAGACAGUAGCUGGGUAGAGAGAAGGAUGGUCCCCUUAGAGAAUGACAUGUGCAAGUUUUGUUUGGAGGAUCGAGAUUUUGUCCCCGGCAUGUCAAAGCUUGAAUCCAUCGUGGAUAAUAUGACAAAGUCCAGAAAGAUCUUGUUUGUCGUCACUGAAACUCUUCUCAGAGAUCCCUGGUGUAGGAGAUUUAAAGCCCAUCAUGCACUUCACCAGGUCAUUGAAGCCAGCAGGGACUCGGUGAUUCUGGUCUUCCUGCAGGACGUCCACGACUACAAGUUGUCUCGCUCACUCUUCCUCCGUAGAGGCAUGUUGCGUUCAUGCUGCGUCCUGGACUGGCCCGUCCAUAAGGAGAGGGUGCCGAUCUUUCACCAGAAGCUCCUCAUGGCACUUGGCAUGACUAAUCGAUUGCAGGAGUGAAUGUGUUUCAUUUGUAGUAAUUGGAAAUUCACUCUGUAAUAAUAGAUACCAAUGUUGGUUCAAUUAAUUGCAACUGACUGCGGAUGGUUUUGCCCUCUGUGUGAAUAUUGUGCUUACUGUAAAUAUGCGCUCAGUCUUAUUGUAUAAAUGAUAACGAGUGAAA